AUGGGACCAAGUGGAACAGACACUGAUCCCAGGAACUGGAAACAAUGCGCGUGGAACAACGACGACACCAGUGAUAUUGGACUGAUCAAGGUAAGAUGGUUUUAAAAUAGCGCCAUCAACGGCUCCAGUCAACUUUGGUUUUGUUAGACACUAAGAAUGUGCAUUUACAAAGGAUGGUAUAUUCUUGUCCACUGGUAUCCUUACGAGAUGAAAAAGGUCGUUUAAGUAAACAAGAAAACCAAUAAUGGGGUUUUGAUGUUUUGUUGCAGGAUUGUUCCUUCAAUAAAACCAAGGAUGACACUGCUCUCCGUGUUGUUUACCAGGGAAACCUCUAUUUGUCAGGGUGUGGCGGCUGCUGCAAGCGAUGGUUCAUCACUUUUAACGGCGCCGAGUGCAGUGGUCCCCUGCCUAUUGACGCAGUGCUGUGGAUCGGAAAUACUGGAGAAAACAACCACAGACCCGGGUUUAUCGAGGGCUACUGUAACAACAUACACAAGGGCAAAAUCCGAGUUGGAAUCAACAUUGGAAAUUGUAAAGGGUAUGGGAACUCCAAUGGUCAAACAGGCUGGAAUUCAGUGUCUCGUUUGAUCAUUGAAGAACUUCCUCCGUCCCAGUAACAAGUUGGAGACCAUUACUUGUUUUUUUUUCAUGUCGCUUAAACUUUGUUGCGCAUUAGUUAUUAAAGUAAUCUUAAGAGGAAAAGGGAUAAAAAUAAGGUGCCUUUUUUAAUGACAUUUCAUUUCAACCAGGUCAGUUUAAAACCCUUAAUAUAUCAAGCAUGUGACUAUGAAGGUAUGAAGAUGCCUUUUCAUGUUAAAUAAACAUUAAAACGUCGAUAUUGUGGUUUUUUUUUAAUCGCGAUGGAAUUUUUGAAAUCUUGCGCACAUCAUGGUUCUUGCUUGCGUUAACACUCCUCUUCCAUUUUCAGUGCUUCGAAGGAGUCUGGGGAGGAAGGUAUUGAAACGCAACUUUUACGUCAGUUCUAAGCGAAAGUUUUAAUCUUUUGAUGACAAUUGCGACAAUAUCAUACUUUUAAAGCUUUCAUUCAAAGCGAUUCAAAAGAAAUUACUUUCUUAAAAAGCGCCUAGUAUUUAUAUAUUCACUGCGCUAUUUAAAACCUUACAAUCUGAUCCAAAAAGGCAUGCCUUCCAUCAAAAUAUGGAAAAUCAAUUUUAGGUGACUGAACCAAUCACAGUCCUAAUGGGCAUUCCGCAGAAACAGUUCCCUUCGUUUAUGCCCUAAAUGCCAUAAUCGUCUUUUUUCGAAAGAAAAAAACACAAAGAAACAAACGGCUAGGAUCUCCAAAUAAUUGAUUUAUCCUCGGUAGCUCACACACUCAUGACACCAUCUGUGUAAGAACUUCUCCUCUUAAGAUAAUUAAAAGGAAGAAAGAUGAGUGAUAUUCAAGUGCCUAAAAAAUGUAUUGUGCUUAGUAAAAAAAAUUAGUUUGCCUUUAUCCUACUGAAGUACAAAAAGACUUUGGCCCCGAAAUCAUGAACAUUGAAAUGAUAAAAUGUGGCAGGAAACAUAACACUUACAUAAUUACGUUUGUACGUUUACUGGUUUUUGUCACAUACACCGAUUUACGAUCGAUAACCAACCAAGCAGCUUAUGGAAAACCAAACGAAUAGUUAACAUUUUUCUUAAAUUCAGUCAUCGUCGAUCUAAAUAACUCGUACAAGUGAAACCGUUGAAACCAGCCACAACAAAAAAUAUAACAUGACGAAAGAGAUUCCUAGACAUAAAGUCGUUGAUAAUUAUGUAUUCCUGUGCACUUUUAUGAGAGCUAACACAGCCCAGAAAAUGGCUUAUUCGGCUGAUUCGGUGGGCCCUACACUACUUCAAUCAGCUUUCAUCGCAGUGUGGGUGGAAACCGGAGUCCGGGUAGAUCAUUGAUCGAGAUGCAGGUUCUCUUCAAUUACCUUGUCUACAUCACGUCACAGGUAUAACUGCAACUAAAGCAAGGAAAGGUUUGUGUAUGUUUUGUUAUACACGGAUGACUAAAAUGCCUUAAUACUAGAUAAUACCACGCCUCGAGAAAGAUUGCAGCCAGCUGCAGAUAGAAAAGUGAACAAAAGUCUGAUAAGAGACGGUUUCUUUAAAUUCAAGUGAUAUAAAGUUUUUUUUUAACUAGAAUUAAAUUUAAUCGAAACCUAUAAAGCUUUCCUGCAAGAAAAAUCCAAUCUUUAGUAGACUUAUAGUAAAUCAGAAUUAAUUGCUUGUUGAACUAAUACUGCAGGAAAACCUACCGCGGGCGGCCUCUCCUACUAGGAACACAAGACUAGAAGACGCCAAACUUUGUUCAAGGAGUGCAAGAAUGUCUGUCAAAGAAGUUAGCACUGCAUGGGCUCUGAAUGCUGCGUAGGUUAGGUAUACAGCUAUUUUGAGAAAGGUUGUCAGAAAAGUGCACGCCACAAUCCCGAAAGGUAUUGUGGGUGGUUUUGAGUUCACUGUUCUUCAAAGAAAUUUGAAAGAAUGGCACGAGAGGCCAUGGACAUGUGUUUGAGAGUGCUAAAGGAAAGUAAGAUAGAAGAUUCGACAGCUGCAGUGUCAGGAACAGCGUAUUGAACAAUCAUAUCCCAUAUUACCUUUCGGGAUUGUCGCAGGCACAUUUUUUCCGACAACCUUUCUCGAAAUAGCUGUAAAUGUCAAGCGUGCAAUUGUUUUUCUCCUCUUAUUUCUUUAAACUCUUCUGACACAGAACUCAAACACGUGCUUUCAAGGAUCCCCUGGCCUCCCUGGACGUAACGGAGUCAAUGGACAUAACGGGUUACCAGGACGCGAAGGCCGAGAUGGUGCUAAAGGUGAAAACUGCGUGGUAGUUCCCCCUGGACCAGGCCGUGAGAAAGGAGAAAUGGGACCAAGUGGAACAGCCGCUGAUCACAGAAACUGGAAACAGUGCGCGUGGAAGAACAGCGACGGUCGUGACACGUGUUGAAGAUCAGAAGACCUGUUUGCAAGCGAUUAUUCAAAUCCAAACGUGUCAAACAGUCAGUCGGUUCUGGCCAAUAGGAGCUUGCAUCAGAAUCUGAGUGCACAGUGGGUGCCGUGGAACAGCGAUCCCAAAGUUUGCCUACAGGCUCUUCCCCUUUCUAUUCCCCGGCGAUUUUUUCACCCUUUCCCCAAUUAGAGAGCCUGUUCUUAGGCUAGCAAAUUAAACAGCAAUGCGUUCGACUGGGCUCAUAUGAAUAAGCCUUACUUACACUCGUACAUCAAAAUAUUUGCUCAAGACUAGUUGAGGUCACUUCCGUGAAUAUCUUGCUCACGGUGCAAAAAAUUCAAUUACACAAUUGUAUUGUAUUUUUAUAAUAUCAUUGACACUUCUAUUAAACAAAGCAAACAAAGUCAAAAUAUGGCAGAUUUAUCGGCUGGUUAUGAUCACAAACAAGAAAAUAUUCGCAGUAAUUAAUUCACCGAAAUGCUACUUUGCUUUUGUUUUUCAUCGUGGUUCAGUUGACCAAAAAAACCUUUUUAACUCAGUUUUCUAUCCAUUUCAUUUUUUCGCGAUAACUGAAGGCUAUCUAUUUCAUGUUUCAUGGAGGCGUUCACGAACUGCGGACAUUAUUUGUAACCGCUGUAGUUACUCUUCAAUGAGGUAAGUCAACAAUCGACACUGUGAUUAAUAGUUCGAUUACAGACGAGUGUAGUAAGAUCAAUCCUGCAUGUGUAUUCAAAUCAUGCUUCAGUACGAUGUAUUGAUAAAUUGUAUUGACAGGAAUGUUUCCUGCUCACUUUCCCUCCAACAAAUAACGUGCUGAUAUCAUCGAGACAGCUAGACUUAAUGGACAGAUUUCAUAGAAGAAACAUCGCAUUUGAGUCACAAUUUCCAUUGAACGGGAGCCGCCUUCGUUAAUUCCUACAGUGCCAAAAUCAUGAGGGUUAAUAAGCGCGUACAGCUCGAAAACUGAACUUAAGAAAAUUAAGGAAUCGAUUCAUAGGCCAUUUGUAUCCCUCAAUUCAACAGCUGUUGUCCAGAGAGUGGAGUAUGAUGAUUUGAAACUGCUCUUGAAAGAUUCAGCGUCCGUUUAAAAUUUAUGCACUGAUUUUCUCGUUUUCAAGUAUGUCGUCGAUAAUUCCAAGACAGAAUUUGAGAUGCUAAAUAUUAUCCAAUGAGCAGGGUGUCUAGGAUCGAAUCUGAUUGAAAACCCAAAAGAUGUUUUUGUUAUCUGGUAGAGGCAUGGGUCUUGAUAAAAAUUACCAUACUCAGUAUAUAUGUUACAGGUCAAAAUUAAAAACAGGUUAAAAUUUUUUAACCUAGGUUGAUUCUCAAUUUCUUUUGUCUCCCAGCCCUAAUUCAUGAAUAAUUAGGGCUAGGGGACAAAGAAAAUUGAGAAUCAACCUAGGUUAAACAAUUUAAACCUGAAUUUUAUUUUGAUCUGUAACAUAUAUAACAAGCUGCUUAUAUAUUACGAUAAAAAAGACACAUGAACUCUGACUGAUGAGGAAAAAUCGCUCAAAAUCUAUUUAUAAUUAAUACCUAAUAAUUCCUUAGAACUCUUGGAGAAUGAGGUGAUGUAUUUGCUGUUCACAAUAACGACAACAGGCUUACCAUCUUCUGUUUGUGUUGCUUCGAUUAUUAACAAUUUCCCCGCACAGAAGCAACAUUCCUUUGAAUAGAUCAAACCGCUGAGAAACAGGACCACGAUGUAGAAGUUUAUUUUAUGCUUUGCAGACCGCAAUAGUUACAUGCUUGGCGCAAGCAUCCGUGACUUGAGGCCUCGGAGAUUGAUCCACGAAGAAAGAUUAUUGCCCAAAUCAACGAUAAGAAAAAAUAAAAUUUACUUUUGGCCAGUUUUGAUUACCUUUUGAGAAAACAUGAUUGUAACCAUUUCAUGACGAAAACUCUAUUUGGGAGCUAGAUUUCACUUUCUGCGCUCAGGAAAAGUUAAACUUAUCAAUACUAAAAUAACUUAAGGUUGAACGAGGAAAAAAUUGUUUUACCUAUUGGUAAGCCCCCGCUGGUCACUCAUUCAGCCGCACUUAGCAACUCUGCCAGUAUUAAAACAGUCUCAGGUUAUAAGAAUGCUCGUCUGGUUUUUUAGUUUGCUUGAACGGAAGCUUCAAAGCCAUGAAGCAAUAAGGAUCUGCGAUACAUCGCAAAUAAUAAUAUACAAAAUAUACACGGCCUCUUUUAUAAGUAUAUUUUUAUCAGACAGUGAAAUGGCGCUGUUUGAAGUACAAUAGCAAAUUAUACUGUCACGGUUUUUAUAAGUAAAGAAAGCUCCCUAAACCACCAUAACAAAAUCAAAUGUUGGAAAAUUUGGGUUUACCUUAAUGAAUUGUCUAAGUCCUUGCUCAAAUUUAAACGUUUAUUAGCGGAGCUCCACGCGCGCGAAGCGCGCGAAGCGGAGCACCAUGGGUAAGAAAAUUUGGUUAUCUACCCAUCCGAGAAAUUUUGGUAAUCACGUGACCGUACGCCCGACCGUCCGUCCGCACCACAGGAAUACCAAUGAAAAAUAACUCGGCCAACAGGUAUGGCAACCGAAAUGCAACUCGAGUUUAUUUUGGCGGGAAAUCGCAUAGCCACCCGCGUCCUGUGAAGCAGAGACAACUAAAGAGUCAAUAAAGAGGAAAACGGAAAGCGGAAAUUGUUUCUGUAUCCUUGUUGUCUAAAGUAAGAUUAAUUGUCAUGUCCACAAAUUUGGAAUAUAGAGAAAAAAUAAAGUGGGCGACAGGCAGGCGAAUUUCAACGAGAAAAAAAGCGACAGACAGCUAGAGCGGAAGAUAAGGAGCUAUUUGUUGGAAGAACAACAUGAAAAUUUUUAAGGGCAGUGAGAAAAGGAGAAAUCCUAGCGGCCACCAAAGUAAAAAUGAGCGAGUGAAAAGAAUUGAACAACAACAGGUACGACAUUUUCUCCAUAAAACGUGUAACUAGGAAGUUCACGUUGUGGUCGUGCAAAACGAUGGCAAAGAAAUGUACAAAAAAAUGUGCUACACCUGCAAAGUUGUUUUUUUGCUAAUUAGGCCUAUUGUUUUUUUUUCCACCGUUCUGGUUGCGUUCGCCGCUUACCAUAACAUGAUUUUAUAUUUUCUAUGAGCAAACUAUAAAUAUUAUCGAGAGCUUCGCUUUUACCCCUGGCUAAAUCUAUAUAUUAUCAAUUUUAUUCUGGUGACAAAGAGAAAAAACCUGCUCAAGAGCUUGAAUUACGUGGAAUACGAACAUUUAUUUUAAUUUCACUAAUUUGCUCGCCUGGCUUUAAUCGAGAUUUAUCGUUCAAUAAUCGUCACCGUACACACUUAUCCUCCUGCUCGCUGUUAUUGCACUAAGUUGUUCAAGGUCAGUAAAUGUGGCAGUCGGUCAGCACAUGCCAUUGUGUUCACACAACAAGAAAAAUUUCGUUACAAUUAAUUCAAAAAGUGAACUUUUAUCCUUCGUCUCCAACUUCACACAAAACAGAACACCACAAGACUUGUGCAGUUGGAGUUCAAAGCACGCUUUCCUCAGUUCGUAACUUGUUUUGCGUUUUUCUUGUACCCUCAAGAUGAAAGAAGGAAAUCUAUUUGUUUUUCUGUCGGUGUCGUCCACCGCUUUCGCUAAGGUAAGAUAAAUCAGCGAACAGAAUUGACUUUUCUUAAACUACGCAAAAAAGAGCGAAGAACGAAUCUGAUUGAAAGACGGUUUAAGUUGUUGAGUCUGUUAGUCAUUAAGGCUUACAAAAAUUAGCGGCGAGAUUUUUCCAUGCAUCAGCGUAAGUGGAAACGAAAAUUUCAUAUUUGAAAUACUUUUGAGAUUAGAGCUACGUGUCGAGCUUUUAUUUUCUAAAAAUGCAUAUUUUUAAAAUAGAGUUUGAAACCACAGCUUCCAAAUUAUAAUUGGCACUCCUGUCUUCCGCUCAAAGAACCACAUUGGGUCAAUCAAGUCUGUCCACGAGAGGAUUUUUUACAAAACGCACAUCUCUUGUGCUAAUGUCACUUCUUCGAGAGAGAACAAGAGAGAAUGAUGGCUCUAAGAAUCUAUAAAAGGCAGAUGAUUGGCUGAUCUUCUUCUAUACUUAAUGUCAAUCAUUUAUUACUGACCUGAACACAAAUUUUGCUCAAAAGUGCGAGGUACGAGUGCGUAUACUAUUAUUUUUAAACAUUUGUAUAACUUAUAACUCAAGCACGUGCUUGCAAGGAUCCCCUGGCCUCCCCGGACGUAACGGAGUCAAUGGACAUAACGGGUCACCAGGCCGCGACGGCCGAGAUGGUGCUAAAGGUGAAAAGGGCGUGACAGGUACACCAGGAUCACUUGGUGCGAAGGGAGAAAUGGGAGCAAGUGGGACAGACACUGAUCACAGGAACUGGAAACAGUGCGCGUGGAAGAGUAGCGAUGGUCGUGAUAUUGGACUGAUCAAGGCUUGUUAA